AGGAGAGUGGUGUAAUUGGUCAAUGCGUGCGGGGAAAAAUAACACAAAUGGCCGCCAUUUACUGAAAUCUGUGAGUGGUCGAAAAAGUGCGACUGGUGAUUUUUUCCAAUUCGCGGCUGUUCUAGGUGGAAUUAAUAGUUCGGAGUCAGUGUUAAAGACGCGAGUUAAGUUUUUCGAGUGUUUGAAUAACAUCUUAAAGUGCCCACAAUGCUGUAAACGAUUAAAAACCGAUUCGUAAGUGGAAGUGUUCGCAGCGGCAAUCUUGUAGUAAAAAAUUUGUUGACAUUUUCGCGACUUUAUCGGACGAUUUUCUGUAGGUUUGUCGUGUCAGUGGUGUCAUUUGAGACUCCUGCACCUUAUCGGUUUAUGUUGGUUGCAAAAUAACAUUCCACGGGGGAGUUGAUGAAGCUUGAAAGGUCGUGGCGGAGGUUCUGUUUUGGCUUUCCAUUCGCUGGGCAGCGCGACGUCUAGAAAUCGGGACAGUGAAGAAAAACGUCGUGGCUGAAGGUGCUCGCUGGCGGCUGGCUCAGAUUCUGUAAACGGCCAGGCGGUUUUGCAUUCGGAAUUAAUGAAAUCGCAGCCAGUUCGAAGGGAAGAGGGUAGACAAGUAGGAAAAUAAAAAAAGUCGAAGAGUGGAAGAAGAACAAGACAGCGACGACGACGACAGUGACGGCGACGGGACAGCCUAUAGGCAAGCAGUGCGCGGGAGAGAGACGGGGCGAGCGAGUUGCAAGACUUCUGUGGGUGCUUUUUUCUGAACAUUCGCGGUUCGAUGUUUACAUCUCCGUAGAACAGAAGUGAGUGAAUUUCUAGUGAGCUCUGCAUCGGAUCGCGGCAAUUUAAGAUAACUGCAUAAAUCAUCCUAAUCACAACAAAUCCUGUGUAGCAAUAUCGACUUCUGGUACCCGAGUUUAUCUUCGCAGUAAAAUCGAAACAUUCUCGAUUUAGUUAAUCCUUUUCAUUUACCUUAAAAUUUAUUUAUUCAAAACGUAAUGUUCGCAAAUGUGAUGGCAAAUAAUGAUGUAGUCGUAUACAACAAGAGAAGAGAUUUCCGUUACAUUAGCCCCCACGAUUUUGGGGGCCCACCAUCAUUAUACAACAAACUAAAUGACAACAGUUAAAGGAAUAAAACAGAGAAAGUAAAAAAGAGAUUAGCUCAGUAGCGACACAACUUAAGUUUAAGGAUUUUGUUUGAAACAUCAAGAAAACUCAAGUAAAGAAAUGAUACCGUAAUUUUUUUUUCCGUUGAAGUGACAGUGUAAAAGAGAUUUUCGAUGUUAAAAUUUCAACUGAAAAUACGAAGUAAAUGAAAAUUAUUCUUAUCGUUUUAAGAGAAAUUCGGGCAGAAAGGAUAUUAAUGAGUUAGGAGUUAUCGGAAUUGAAGGAGUUUAUCUAUAAAUGAACAAAAUACGAACGUAAAUUUUCGAUAAUUUGAAAUGCCAUUGCAAUCGUCAGGUAUUAUUGUUGUUGAUAAAACAUCAGUAAUAACCGCAGCCCCGACCUCAGUAGCUGUUGGGGCGACUGGCUCGGGUCGGGCAAAUGGUGUAUUUGCUAACAAUGGUGGCAGUUCUGUCGGUGCAGGCAGUGUUGAAUCCAAUGUUGGAGUACUACGUAACCACAGCAUACAAGAAUGGCAACCAGGGGAGAAUGAAUGCGCUAAUAUUCACUCAACAAACCCUUCCCAGAACUUGAUACGGAGAGGCCAAAAGAGCAUAUCGUCUAGUUCUGUAUCUGGUGGUCAAACUCUACAUCAAAAUUCCACAAAAACAGCUACAAUAACCACCAUUCCUUUAGCUAACGCAACCCAGUUUAAUACAAAUCAAAUGAAUCAAAUAAAUCAUCAACAACACCUUCAUCAUCAACAAGUGCAACAACAACAGCAGCUUUCACGCCAACAACAGCCACAACAGCAUCAUCAUCAAACAGCAACCGUUUUACAAACGGCUCAGUCAGGACAAGUGAUUGUUAGUGAGGAGUUUCUGGAGCGUGCAACUUUUAGCUCUAAUCCUAAUGCCACAGGCAACGCAAAUGUGAUAAAUUUAACAGCGAGUGAUUUAAUGAAUUCAACGCAAAUCUAUGAGCUGGUCGGUGGAAACGGUAGAGAAAUGCUUAUAGAUUCAUUGGGUAAUGUGGCGAAUGGCGGUCAUCUACAUACCAAUUCGAAAUUAUUGGUUGGAAAUUUAACAGUCCUUUCAAAACAGCCAAGUUCGGGUGGCAGUCAGCCAACUUUUAAUUUUCUACCAACGAAAACUAUUUCGUAUCUUACAACUACGAAAAGUCAAUCACCGCAACCACAAGCACAACCACAAAUUCACCACCACAUCACAGCAGCUGCUAAUAAUGUUCAAAAUGGUAGCGGUGGUGCCACAACGUCAGCAAUGGUGCAGAAAGUGGGCGUAUCGAGAAACGUUCAAGUAGUAACUAGAAUGCAAACGGUAACUCCUUCUUCACCGCAACCUCAACAAUCUCCGCAGCCUCAUCAGCCAGCAACACAACCGCAGACACAUUUACAACACAAUGUUCAUAAUAAUCAGAUGAUAAUGCAGCAAAAAUAUGUCCAUAAUAUCGUUGGCACGGCUACAAACAACAUCAACACCAAAUUGAAUAAUAAUGCUUCCGGUACAUUAAAGAAGCAGGUGACAACUGUCAAUAAAAUUACACAGCAGAAAACAUCAAUUAGCCAAGGCGUUAAAUCUCAUUCUCAUCAACAACAAUCUCAACAGCAACAGCAUCAUUUAAUACAGCACCAACAGCAACAACAGCAGCAGCAAACGCAACUUCAACAUGCUACCAUAAAGCCAGUUCGAUCUUCAAAGGUUGUUAGAAAAAUCGUUGGCAGUACAGGGAAGAACUCAACUGCAAAUACUGCAAACACCAAAUAUUUUAUGCAAAGCCCAAUAGUAUUAUCGAAUGCAUCCAAUAAUCAAAUUAUGAAUACAAAAAUUCAGAAAAAUUCUGGAAACAUUCUUUUACCGCAGCAGAUAAUGAGUUCAAUAAACAAUUCAUCGUGUUCGACACCCAACGGCGGAGGUGCUAUAAAGUUCGUAAAUGCUCACGGAGCUGUUUUGCAAUCUCAUCAAACGCAGCCUACAAUUCAGAGUACAGUACAAUCGCAGCAGCAAGUGCAUGUACCAUCCCAACAAAAUCAAAAGACACGAUGUGUGAGCAAAUCCCAACAACAAAGUAAUCAGAAUCAACAACCGUUGCAGCAACAGCACUAUAGCCAGGCGACAACUGCUGUUGUUACAAAUGAAGGAAUUUUAAUUCCAGCAUACGUUUCUAAUUCUCAAGCCCCAUCAAAUGGGGAGGAGAUAAUGAUAAAUGGUACGCAAAUGACCGAAGAAAUGUCUGCUCGAAUUCUGCAGAGUUUAUCGCAAAACUACAAUAGUAUGCGACAAUGUCAGCAGCCAUCGCAACAACAACAAGUUCAUCAACAGCCGAAAAUUAUUCAGCAGCAGCAACCCUCAUCCCAAGCUGCAAAUGUCGUUUUUGAAUCAUCAUCACCGCUUUCUUCUCGGGAGUAUCCAGUUUGCAAAGCUGCGAUUGGAGUUCAUCAACAGCAACAACAAUCUGCUGUGGGCAUACAGCAGCCGAAAAUUAUAUCCACCUCGAAUGUUGUUUUUGAGCCAUCGAAUAGAGAGUAUGGAGUUUGUAAAACAACAACCAUACAACAGCAUCACACGCAACAACAAUACCAAUCGCAAAAUCAGCAGAGGAUCAUACAACAACAGAUACCUUUAUCACAAUCAUCAUUAUCGUCAUCAUCGUCUGGUACUAAUGUUGUUUUUGAACCUCCUUCAUCGGCGCGUAUAUAUCCGGUAUGUAAAUCUGCAACAUUCGUUCAUCAGCAAGAACAUCACCAACAAAUCCUACAACAGCAUUUACAGCAACAGCAGCAACAACAGCAUAUACUUCAGCAACAACCACACCGAGCACAGCAACAGAUUCACCAACAGCAACAACAACAUUCACAACAGCAUUCGCAUUCGUUAUCACAACGACGUACACAGUCCUUGGAUCGAAAACAUGGUGGCGGUAAUCAAACCUCAAAGCGCUCAACGGACUACUUUAAAGUCAAUUCAACUGAAAUACAAUCGAGUUAUUCAUCAUCAACAACAUAUAUUGACAAUAUACCAUUGCCAUCUCCUAUUCAAAGGGGUGAUAAUGCACCAGCAACUCAACAGGCUGAGCAUGAAGAUGAUAUUAUUGGUGAAGAGGUUCGUCCUAUUCCAGUUAGUACACAUGAUGCUCGCAUACAGGCACUCCAUGCCGUACUGCAGGAUCACACUUAUGUAGCGGCAAUGCCCAUAGGUCUGCCUUUAGAAUUGUAUCAACAGCAGCAACAACAACAGCAGCCACCACCGCAACAACAGCAGCAACAUCAGCAGGUCCAACAACAGCAGAUUGCUACUAGCAUUGCUCAGCAACAGAUGCAUCCAAGUCAGUUGCAGCCACAAAUUCAACAACAGGCUCACACUGGUGGAGCAAUUGCUACAACAACGAUUACUACGAUAUCGUCAAGUGGCGUUUAUAACACAAGUUGCAUUGUUGGUCAGCAGAAUGUCGGGAACACUAACAAUGCUACAAUGCAGUUAACUACGACAGCAGGAUCUUUACUCACAAGCAGUAAUUUGGCUACUUUCAACUAUGGUCAAACAGCUCACCAUCAUAACCAACGAGAUGAUGAUGCGAAUUCUGUAAUAAGUAACGAAUCGAGGCAUGGCCAUGAGGGUUUGGAUAAUGAUUUGGGUGAAGAGACGGAAACUGCACCCGAAGCAGAGGCAGAAGAUGAUUCCGUAACACGAUGUAUAUGUGAUUUAACCUACGAUGAUGGAUAUAUGAUUUGCUGUGAUAAAUGCUCGGCAUGGCAACAUGUCGACUGCAUGGGAAUCGACAGGCAGAAUAUACCUGACGAGUACCUAUGUGAAGUAUGUCAACCUCGCCCUGUAGAUCGUACUCGGGCGAAAUCUCUACAAUUACAAAAACGUAAGGAGCAGACGCAGUUGCUUUUGAACGCGCAAAUGAAUGCGGCGGCUAAUGUUUCAGGCACUUUAAUCGCUGAAGGCGGCACACAAUUUUUACCCACGACAAAUCCUGGACAGGAACGAUUGCAACCACUCAUGGUGAACACAACCAAUUCUGGUGGCAAUAUAAUGGUGGGUAAGAAAGGUAAGCUUGUUGGCGGAAAAAAGAAGGAACUCUUAAAACGAGUGAAGAAAGAACGCUCGAAUAGUAAGCGUCGAGAUACCAAGCGGACGACAAAACGUAAAACAAAGAGUGUUUCAAGUAGUAAUGAUACGAACUCAGCAGAGAAGCAGACGCAAAGCUUGCGGCAGUAUAUUGAAAAUUAUGAACAAGCGAUGACGAAUCACUACUCGCCUGAGCUAAGGGCACGGUUAAUUGCUAUUGGAAAACAAAUGCCUUCAUUCACCGAACAAAAAAUCCUUCGAAGUGCAAAUUCUGAAGACAAAUGCACGACAGUGCCGCAUGCUGGUGGGAAAAUUUUGAUUAGCAACCUUGAUAUUCAGCCGAACAGUCCAAUAAUUGAAUUGCGCGGGAAAUAUAUGCUUGCGACUCAAUACAAAAAUCAAAAUCCGUCGAUAAAUAUGAAUUUGCAACCUCCAAAUGGUUUACAGAAAAAUCAGAAAACUCCUGGCCCAUUUAUCUUUUUCCAUAAGCUGUCUGAUGACCCGACUAUACCCGAAAUAUGCGUGGAUACACGGACGUAUGGAAAUGAAGCGCGCUUUGUUCGACGGAGCUGUCGACCAAACGCCGAAAUACAACAUUCCGUCGAAAAGGGGACAAUCCAUUUGUGGGUGGUGUCACUUUCUAAUAUAAUGGCAAGUACUGAAAUAACUAUCAGGCAUGAACCGCACGAUGUUGCUGCUUUAGAAAAUAAGCAGUUUGUAGUAACACCUACGUCUACGAUGUGUGCUUGUGGUUUAACUAAGGAUUGUCCAUUCGCUAGCUGUCCACCAGCUCCGCCUAGCGGCAUUAAAACAAGUAACAAAAAGGUUGUGAUGAAUGGGGCUUGUCUACCGGAUGGUAAACAGACACAAACUCCACCUGUGCAAGGUCUCGUGAACGCGAGCGGUGCGAAGAAAUCGCUACAAAAUAACGUAAGCCGAGGACGGUCAACUUCUUCCAGUGGUGAAAGCAACGCUGGGCUGUUAAGUCCAAAUAGUAAUUUCACAAGUGUAUAUAAUAUCCCGUCAGUAUCCAUGAUGCAUGACUCGGGUGUUUAUACAUCAUCUUCUUCACCGUCGGUGUCGAUUCCCUCGCCAACACAUGCGCAAACAAUAAGUUCCCCUCCUCAACAUGCGAACAAUGCAGUUCAAAAAGUUUCAGUGCUGCAGACGUCGGAACCUGCAGAAUCAGCGCCGACAGCAAUUCCGUUGGGUGGUCCAUCGAAUGUAGUGAAUACCGCCAUGCCAGUGAAAUCGCCGCAAAAAUGCAAUGCACAAAGUCGAAAGACUCCGGUGAAAACAGCCCGUAAUAAUAGCAUAUCGGAAGAUUCAUGCAGCCAGACCGCUCCUUCGUUACCUACUCAAACGCAAACAUCGCAAGAAGAGAAGCGAGAAAGCCGUAAGCUGACUCGUGAAGAGCGGAAGAUGGAAGCGAUUGUUCGUGCCAUUGAAAAAAUGGAGAAGAAUCAACAGCGGAAACAAGAAUUGAAACAAGCGCGAAAUUCCUCAACAGGGGCUGGCAAACGACGGAAUAGUAGCUCGCCAUCUCCAAAACGUUCGAAGUCCCAGUCGAUGGGUGAGAUUAUGGAUAGUCCGGUUGACUCAUCGCAGCCUUUCCAAACAGGGCAGAAUUCAAUACAGUCUGUUAGGAAAAGUUCUUCGGGCUCAGUGCCCAGGAAGAAGAAGCGAAAAUCGAGUAAAUCAUAUCAAAUUCAAAGUAACCAAAGAAAGCGGCGGCGCAGUCGUAUAAAUAGCAAUGAUUCCGAUAUGUUGACAUCAGAGGAGUCAUCAUCUCUACUGUCUCCACCGUUAGCGCGUACAACUUCAUUACCUGCGAGUUUGCCGUCACCAGAAGAAAUUGCCGAAAGACAGAAAUGCCUUGUAGCUAGUUUAUCGCUGGAUAGUGCGCAAAGCACGAAGCAGCAUUUACCACCGCAGAGGCGUGAGGAGUUUCCACUACCACCAUUGCAGCCUCUACAAUCGUUGCAGACAAUCCCGCCACCGUUGCAACCAAUUCAACAUUCGCUGCAUCCUCCAACCAUUCAUCAGCAAAACACGACAGAUCCACAAAAUGUAAAUAAUAGUCAAGCAGCUGGUCUACUACUUGCUUUUGCAGCAAAUCCCGACCAAGAGCAGAAUUCUGCCUCAAUAGGCAAAGCGGUGGAGGCCGAUUUAUGUAAAUCUCCACUUCGGCUACCGCAGCAAGUAAUAGAGCAGCGGAUUCCACAAACACCGCCCAUUGUCAGCUCUACAUGUAUGCUGGUCGAGGCAGCAGUCGGUCCUCUUGAAGGAUUAGAAAUGGUUGGGGGUAGCGUUAAUGAAUUCAAGUUGCCAGCGAAGACGAAGACAAAAAAGACUAUUAUGAAUGAUUGGUUAAAUCAGUCAAAUGGGUAUCAAGACUAUCAACAACAACAACCGUUACAGUAUACGCUGAUGGAAGAAGAUCAACACCCGCAAGCUGUUGAAACAUACCAACGGAGUUCGCCGUCCGUUCAGCAACCGUUGCAACAACAGAUUGUAUUGCAGUGCCAGCCGGAGUCGCCUCAGGGUGGCAAAGGUAUUGAUACCUUGGUGCAGGCAGCAGAGUCAAUAAAUGAUUUCAGACAAAUGGCAUCUAGCCCGUUCAGCGCAGCCCAGCCCACAGAAGAACCUCAGAAUUUGAGUAUGGUGGCGAAGAAAGUAGAGGAGUUUAUACACCAAAAUGAUUCGAGUUUUGUAUGUUCUACGGAAAUAAAAUGCGAACCAACCCCAGUGGAAACCCAUCCUAAUUUAAUGCUACCUUUGCAUACGAUAAACAACAAUAACAAUAAUUGUUCGGGUAGCUCGUCAGUGAAAAAACGUUGGUUGCGACAAGCUAUUUCGGAGGAAUGUUCUGACGAAUUGGCAAAUUUGUCGGCUUCAUCUCCUACGCAAAUGUGCCCUACGCCAAAUGGAUUCACGACCCCGCUGAAAAAACGGCGGUUGAUACGUGAGUGUAGUGAAGUGGACACAGCGGCGAAUAGUCCGGAAGAUUUGUCCAUGACGAAAGGAAUAAGAGACUCGAAUUUGACAAGAGAAGAUCUAUCCGUGACAAAGACGGAAGUGAUGGAUAUGGAAGAGAUGAUGAAAGUGAAAAUAAAGCAAGAAAUACCUGAAGCCGAAGUUGAGGUGGAUAUUAUAAAUUCCCCUUCGCCCGAUGAAAAGAUGAUAACAACCGAUGAUAAUCUUGUAAAGAUAGAACCGGAAGAUGUUAGCACGGAGAUCAAAAUCGAUGUUGAAAAGGAAGAAACGUCAUCAUCUAAUGAUAUUGUGAAAAAGACUGACAGUUUGGAGCAAAUUGUUCCAGUUGAUGUUGAUAAGGAACUCAAAGUAGAAUCUCCUAAUUGCACAGAUCCGCCAAGUUCAUCUGUUUUAUGUCCUCAACCGGGUCAUCAAAUAGUUACUCCGGUAGACGUAAAAUUAGAAACUAAUUCCCCAACAGUUAAAACUUCGCCACCACCUUCGCCUAAGAUCGAGAAAGAAGUGAAAGAAGAAACUGCGUCUCCACCAGUUGUAAAGACUGAAUUUGUCCAGAAAGAAAAGUGUGAAAGUAUUUCGGAUGAAGUUUCGGAUGAAAUUGCAGACAUUCAGAAGCGCUUGCAUUCAUUCCAUACUGAAAAUAUAAUGAUCUUACAGUCGAGAAACAAAUCGAAAAUCGCACGAUCUCUAAAGCUAGAACCCACGGCGAAAGGGGACAAGAAAGCGUCGGUGAAAGUGGAAGUUAAGACUGAAACUGCCUCUGUGGGGUCAGCAACUACUGCAGAAGGCAAGGUCAAGAAAAAAGUGGAGAAAUCAAGGACGACUAAUGUCGAAAAUGAAAAACGUAAGAAAGAUAACAAAAAAGAAGGCAAACACAACAAAGACUCUAAAAAGAAGAAGCUUGGAGAGAUGGCGAAGAAAGUCGAUGAACCAAAAAGUAAGAGUAACAAAAAGAAACAGAUAUCAGUUAAAGUGGAAACAGUGGUUAAGGAUGUAGGGAAUAUAAAGAGAUCAUCGUCGGAAAUGAUGGAAGUGAAAGAGAUCAAAGUGAAAAACGAAGUAUUGAAAUCUGAACCUCCGCCUUUGGUUCCUACUCAGCCAUUGAAGGAAGAGUUGAAAAUUGAUGAAAAACAUUUACAAGCGGCUUUGACGAUUCCUAACUUUAAUCGUGCUGUGCCAACAACUUCAAUUUCGAAUUAUGUGUUGCAAAGCGUUGAACAAUCUUAUGAUAUUUCUACGUUACUGGCCGCCCCACCACCACCACCUCCGCCUACGUUAGCUGGCACAGAUGUUGCGGUAUCGUCAACCAAUAUGGUAGCGAAUGGUUCUACCAUUGCACAGCAGAAUUCCUCGCAACCGCCACCUUUACAUUUGCCUUAUUACUAUAACACCAUCUAUGGAAAACCGGCCAGUUCAAUCACUAGCCUAAGUGGGUCUCUUUCGUCACUAUCGUCACCAUCUUCAAAUCUGUUGUUGUCCGAGUAUAUGGAUGUAGCUAAAGCUAAAAGUUACAGUUCAUUGGGGGGUUAUAUAUCAGCCUUUGGACUAGGAUUAAGUAAGUCCACGGCAGGGACGGUUGCCUUGCCGACUGUAGUGACGACAACACCAACAAGUACAUCAGAUUCCACGCCUUCAUCGACCAAUACCUCCAGUAGUGGUAUCUCGUCGAAGAUUUUAACUAAAACGGCUAGUCACGAUCCUCGAUUGAAUCCAAUUUUAACUGCUCCUGAUUUGCCGCCUGCGCCGAGACGAAAGCUUUCAAUAAAUGAAUAUCGUAAACGUAAGCAACUAACGUCUGAAUCUAAUUCGGGGACCUCCGAUAAUGCAAAUGAAAAGGUUUCAACCUCCCAAAUUUCGCAAAGUUUGUCGUCAUUGUCGUGUCAUAGCAGUUUAGAGAAUGGCGACAAGUAUGAUAGCACCUCAAACAGUAAUGACGAGAGCUAUUCUGAGAAAAACACAGAUGUAUCUAAAGUACAAUUUAGUCCGGCACCAACGCUGUUGGAGCAACAACAGGAGAUUCUCUGCGAACGAUUAAAAUCAUUUAAAAAUAAGUCUGGAGUUGGUUUAUGUUCAGCAUCGUCCACUUUGGUUGGAUUGAAACUAGAAAGUUCUUUACCUUCGACGACGUCGAUCUUAUCAUCAUCAACUACGACAUCGUCUGUUGAUGCGCCAACGUCAAUAUCAAAUUCGCCGAUGGAAGUCAAUUGUUUUAAUUUAAGUACGUCCGAUAAUCGUAAAGAUGAAUUUAAUCUUGCGCGACGCAGCCUACGUAACAACAGUACAAGUAGUCUUGAAUCGAUAUCAUCAGCAUCAUCUUCCCGUUCGUCAUCAUAUCGUGGCACAACACCUGUUCCGCAACAAUAUGACGGUAUGGAUUCACCAAGACUGGCGCUAGAUGAUGAUAACGACGUGGUAAAUCCUACGAAUCAUAAUACCACUGAAAAAACUGAAAAAGAUGUCAACACAUCAACAAUAUCUGACGACCCAUCAACAAAUCCUAGUGCUGCUCUUAGCUCGUCAACAUCAGCAUCGUCAGCUUUAAAAGGUUCUCCAGUAAAUGACGAAGCUACAAAUAACGUUCGAAAUAAUGAUGAAAAUAAGUGAGGGAGAAGAUAUUCAGAUGUAAAACGAAUUUUAAUUGUAAUUAGAUGGGAAGUGUAUAAAGCAGAACACCGACCGAAGCAAAUGAAGAAGUUGAAGAAUGGAACGAAAAAGAAAGUGAGAAUUAUUAUAUAAAUAUAUAUUUUUUCUACUAAUUUCCUAGUAUGUAAUUAAUUUUUAAUAAUCAAAAAAAAAGAAGAAAGAAAACACGUCUAAAUAUAAGUAUUACAUUUAUAGAUUUACUACAAAUAUUAUAGAGAAGGAGAGCUUUAUCAAUUUGUUGUUUAAUGAAAAAGAAAAAUAAAGAACGCAUAUAUACAAAUCUAUUACGAAUAACAAGAUUCAUUUGAAACGAAAUAAUUUUUUUAAAGGAACUAUUACUCCAGCUGUUUACCAUAAAUAUGCAGAGAAAAGAUUAACCAUAGUUUGUGAAUAUCUGCCCAUUGCGAGAAUUUCCUCCAUCCAUGGUGACAUGAUAUUGAGCCAGUUUAGCUUUUCGUUUUUACUCUUCUUUCGGUUGGCUUUCCAUAAAUUAAAGAAAAAGAUGUGAUAAAUGAAUUCAAAAUGUCCAUAAACAUCUCCUUUAUUUUCUGAUUCGAUUUGAAAUUCUAUGCUUUACGAAGAAACGGGUCGCAUAUAUUGCAGAGUUUCGGAAAAGCUGUCUUCAUAGCUAAAGUUAGGGUAAAUAUGUAGUAUUCCUGAGAGCUAUUCGGAAAUUUCAAUUUAAAGUGCCCAGCAGACGAGUUGAUAUGACUAUUUUUGGAUCCAGGUCAAGACUACUAUGAUCAGCAGAUUAUUUUUAUAAACUUCAAAUUAGGUUGUGUCAAAUUUCUAUUGAAGUCUUUUUCGGUGCACCGGGCGAAGCCAAUUGUUACGACAAAGAAAAAAAAUUGGUAUGAAUGUUGGAGAAUAAUACCAAAGACAAUCAAAAAAUUACUUUUGUCCCAGUCAGUAUAAAAAUUAGCUUUAAAUUGGUCUCACAUUUUCAAAAGAACGUGCAAAUGCGUGCAAAAAUGUUGUCUGUAUAUUGAUUUCGCCCGUGAUUACCGACAGUAUUGCUAGAUAUUGGGGAUGAAGUAGUUUUCAUUACGCGUUUAUUUGCUUCCCACGAAAUUCAAGAAAUUAAAUUCAAACUAUCUUUAAAGAGCUGGGCUCAUGACCAUACUUAUUCAGAAGCAGUAUUUUAUCAUAGGAAGACAGAUUUACGUCGUGAGGCUGCAAAUUUGUUGUUUUUUACACUUCUUUCCGCAGAUUUGCACAAAAUCGAAAACGGAAAAUGCGUAAUCUUGCCACACCAAUUUUCUUGGGGAAGGAUAUUUGAAGUGCCUACAAUUCAAGUUUUGCUUGACGCAAGUGUUUAGAAAAUACAUUGGCUUCUCAUCAUCCGUCUGCAAGUUGUGAUUUUUUAGAUUUGAAUUGAGUGAACGUUUCAAACGAAUUUUCUCGGCGAAUUCUAUGUUAAUGCCCUUUCUCCAAAACAUAAUGCGGGACAAAAAUGGUACUUUUGAUUCUUUUUCUAUGCUACGUAAUUUUUUUAGAUUGGCACUGCUGCUGCCAGUGUGCACUCCGCUUCAAACGUCUUACGAGAUGCAAUCCAGUGAUUUAUGAAUGCUGUUGCUUAGCACGUGGGAUAUUAUUUAACUUUGCCCCUCACAAGUCAUUUCUUAACUAAACAUAGUGUGCAAUAAAGUGAUAGAAAACUACAAGAUAUAAGUUGAAAUCGGUAAAAAAUGGAUUCAAAGAUAUUUUGAUUUGUCCAAUUCUAAGAAAAAACUAGUAGAAAAAAUUUAUAUUCGAUGCGCAGAAAUUUAUUUGAUAUUCCUCGAGGUAUCUUCGGAAACUUAAGCAUUUCAACCAUGUCCACAUUUAACAAGCAUAAGAAAUUAGACGCUAGGAAAAUGCAUACCAAAAUUCUUUUUUAAAAAAUUUGGAGAAAAAUGAAAAAUAACUAUAUUUACUUUUUGUUAUAGGGAUAAAACGAUAGAAUAUAUUUAUAUGUAAAAAAGUGAAUCCAUGUAAUUUAACGGAAAUUAGAAAAGAAAGUUUAACAGAGGAAUAAGGUUAGUUUUAGUUUUCAUUUGAAUUUUUGUAUAAUGUAAUAUAAUAUAGUACAAAGGAGGCGGGGUAGUAGUAAAAUGUAAAAAUAUUACCCAAUGCUACGAGAAAAGUGAAAAUCUUUUGCUAGUGAUGUAAAUAAAAUAUGAUUUUAAGAAGGAAAUAUGAAUUGAAAUAAAAACAAAGGAAAAAAUCAAAAAAGAAACAUUCAAGCCGGAAAACACAAAGAGAAAAAACCUAACUAUAAAUUGGAAAUAUAUUAAACUUAUUGAAGCUCGUAUAACUAUAGGCUAGUUGAAAGUUUAGCUGUAGUUAUCACAUAUUGAAAAUGGCAAAUUGCAAAGCAAAGCAAGUUGCAACGUGUAAAUAUAUAGCAAGGAUAGGAAGGAUUAAAUUCAUAUGUUAGGUAAGCUUAUUUUUAGUUCUUUUUAUUUUUGCCUUUUAGUUUAUCAUUUUAUACUGGCUAUAAGAGAAUAACGUAUCAAACAUCCUUUUUUUCCUAUUGUGACCUUUCUAGUUCUCUACUUAAUUUCCUUUCUCAAAAGUAUUUAUGGAAGAAAAAUGACUGCGAAAUUUUAUGUUUAUGAUAUCAGACUAUUUAUUAUUUAUGAGAGAAUUAUAAUAAAAUUGGCAUAUUCGAAAAUAAAAUAAAGCUUUAAACGAUUUUGAGGCAUUUGAGUGAGAUGAAUAGUAUUUUGGAGGGCGAUUGCUAAAUUAGCUCCCUACUUGGUUGAUAUCCGUCUUCAAAAGUACCAUGUUAAGCGUCGAGUUUAUGCAUUUGUCUAUAUAAAAAUUUCCUUAAAAACACUCUUUCCCCACAGCGGCUUGGUUGAUCAGAUCAUUUCCAUCUCCAUUUGUUAUUUAUUUGUUGUAGGCUUGAUCCACAUACAUCCUUCGUUGAUUCCAAUUUAAGUUUUCUUCUAGGUAAAUCUAGUGAGUGAAUGGUAUCUGUACUGAUUAAAGAGGUUACUCGUACACAUUCAUGCACAAGAGUGAAUAGAAGAAAAUUCAAAAGAAAGAAGCUCUUUUCGAUUGGUGCAACAUACAAUCCUACUUGGAGAUAACAAACACCUUUCUGUCUUAUUCUUAGUUCCUUUUACUCUAGUUUCAGUUGCAGUUUAUAUUUAUAUUAUUUCAAAUCCGAUAUCUAACCGAUAAUUGGCUUCAUAAAGCCCGAAUAACAUAAUAUGAUAUUGAAAAUAUACACGAUGCAAUUUGGCAACACUAAGAAGUAUCCCUUCAAACUAAUUUCGCUUAAUGCCAAUCAUUCGGGUGUAUUUACUUUAAUAAUUUAUAUUCUAGGUUUAUGAAAGGCAGCCUUUACUCCGUAAAUACUUUUCAACCACAUUAGCCAAAUAUCUCUUUUUAUCUAAAUUCAUCGAAUCGAAAAUGUAAAUAUAUUCCUAAUUCUACAUUCAUAUCCGGAUGUAUUACGGUACAUGUAAAUAAGUUUAGUGAUAUACUCGUAAAAUAUAGAUAAACACCUAAAUAUAUUUAUAUUUUACGAUUUGUAUAACAUAUGUUGUGACAGAAUGAAGAUAUGCAAGAAAUUGAAGUUAAGUGGUUAAUCUAAAGAGAAAAAUAAAUCGUCAUUGUAAAUGCUAAGUAUAUGUAGAUGUAAAGCAGGUUCUUUUCUUUUUUAAAUUAGUUUUUAUGUAUAUAUUAUUAUUUUUGCAAAUUUUUCAGUUUUAUUUUGUAAUUAAACCAGAACUAAUUACUUGAGAAAUGAAAAAAUAAAAUUCAUUGAAGGCUUAACAGGUAUUCAGAUAAUUUAAUCCUUGAAUUAAACUAAGAAAAGAAAGAUCGUCUAUAGGAAUUAUGAAUAAUUUGCCUGUAUGUUAUGUAAAAAUUAUAUAUAUAUAAUUUUGGCGCAUUUUGUAACAUAACGCGUCAUUUUUCGGAAAAGAGCAUUACACAUUUUACAUAUACUGUUUUUCUUUUGCAAUUUUUCAUAUUUAAUAUUAUUACUCCUAUAAUCAUGUUCUGUUACAUAUAUAUAUAUAUAUUUCAAGAGAAGAAAGAAAAAGGCAUAUGAUUAUACAACCUAUUCAUUUAAUUUAAAUAAUAUUAAUUUGAAUUUUUACGUCACUUGUUUGUGUUUUCUUUAGUUACUCCUAGAUGGUUCCAAUUUAACUUAAUUUGUCUCGUUUGUUCAGUGGUUGCAUUACUUUGAAUCGUGAGCUGUGUGAAAGGUAAGGGUGGGGCUUUCUUCGUUUUUGUGUUAUCACAAUGAAUCUUAUUCUUAUUAUUAAUUAAUUGUUUCGCAUGGACUCUACGUUUCCAAAUUUGAAAAAAGUGUCGAAGUAGCAGUUGGAAUACUUUUUUAAAAUUCCAACAAGGAAUUUUAUUGAUUGAAGGCUACAAAAGAUAUUCUGUAUUUGAAUACUUGAAAAUCCUGGUCAUUUCACCAAAUAUAACGAUUUUGUUUACGAUUGCUACCGUUUUGUUGAAGUAUAUAUGACACUAUCAAUCUUUGUGUGGUUCCAGUGAUUUGAAGAAUUUCGUUACGUUACGUUAUGAAUUGGUCAUUAUUGUCACUUAAUAUUUCCAUAAUUUAGUCACCUUGAGCCUGUUUGGGAAUAACAUCCCAAUAUUUAAUAAUUGCCGUUUUCAGCUCAUCCGCUUUUACAUAUUGUUCCUAACAGUUUCCGAUUACGUUGAUAUCGGUGAUCUUGCUGGCCAAUUGAAAAAUUCGAUUUCUUUCUAUCUUUCUGCCAGUGUCCAAAGACGCAUUAUCCUGCUGGAUUUCAAGCGAUAGUUGAACUCAAUAGCGCUCUGUAUCAUAAGGGAUCAUUUCUUCCCUCAGAAUGUCGUUGAAUUAAUAACUACAGCCAUUGGACAAUCUACAUUAAAUUUUUUCUCCUUGGAAAAAAAUCACAUGCAGCCCUUUUUGGAAUAAAUCCGGCGUAUGCAAAACGUGGUUUUCUUUGUAAAGAACAUUUAGCAAUAGUCUCCGCUUCAUGUUCCUCUUCUUCUUUUUCUUCAGCCUUUGUCCGGUUC